CGUUUGGGUGGUGGUUGAAGGAGGUCGUCGAGAGCGAUGUCCGGCCGCGGGAAGCAGGGCGGGAAGGCGCGGGCCAAGGCCAAGUCGCGCUCGUCGCGGGCCGGGCUGCAGUUCCCCGUGGGCCGCGUGCACCGGCUGCUGCGCAAGGGCAACUACGCGGAGCGGGUGGGUGCCGGCGCCCCGGUGUACCUGGCGGCCGUGCUGGAGUACCUGACGGCCGAGAUCCUGGAGCUGGCGGGCAACGCGGCCCGCGACAACAAGAAGACGCGCAUCAUCCCCCGCCACCUGCAGCUCGCCAUCCGCAACGACGAGGAGCUCAACAAGCUGCUGGGCAAGGUGACCAUCGCGCAGGGCGGCGUGCUGCCCAACAUCCAGGCCGUGCUGCUGCCCAAGAAGACCGACAGCCACAAGGCAAAGAGCAAAUAAACUCCAAACUUGAGGAGCAGACCCACUUCAAAAGUAACCCAAAGGCUCUUUUUAGAGCCACCCA